UCGCUCGGUGUUGGCAGAAUUGUACCAGAGUCGUUAGCAUUAGUCGUUUUGGUCAUGUUAAUACGAUCGUUGACGGACUGUCCUGUGUUUUUCAUCGUUUCUACUUGAAAUACGCUGAAUCAGAAUCACAAAGUAGUGUUAUAAGAUAAUCGAUACUCGUAUAAUAAGUUAUGUGGAACAGUUACCUCGCGGCGAAUACAACUAGUUAAUAUUUUGUGGUGUUCAAUUAUAACCUCUACUUCACUGGAGACGUCUACUUCACUCAAAAUUUUCAGAAUCUAAAUAUAAGAAUUAUGGAGAAAAAUAUGGCGAGUGGGAGUACCACGCAACCCACGGCACCUCCGCCAUCAGCACCACCUUCGUAUGAAGAGGCUGUUGCGAAUAUAGCGAGCCCACCACCCCAGCCAAAUAUUCCACCGUAUCCAGUAGGACCACCCGUUAUGCCUGUACCAACAUUUCCUCCGACCCAAACGACGGCGGUAUUCUCGCCGAAUUACCCAGGAGCAGUCCCAGCCAACGUGCCACACCUGCAACACCAGACACAUUAUACUGCUAAUUAUCAGCCUGUGGCGGUCGUGCUGGGCCGGAAUCCCGUGAAAAUGACCUGCCCGAAGUGUCACCAAAGCAUUAAGACCACCAUUAUAUCGGACCAUCAGCCGAGCGCUCACAUUUGCUGCAUUGUACUCUGCUUACUUGGAUGUUGCCUUUGUUCGUGUCUGCCAUAUUGCAUGAGCAGUUUCAUGAACGUCCAUCACAUUUGCCCGAAUUGUAAGCAGUAUAUCGGUAGGUGGAAGGGUUGAAUCUAACUCGACGCGGGAAUUAUUUGUAUAUUGUUUACGGUUUUAUAUGUAAUCAGGCACAGUGUUGUAAUGUUACUAAGAGUAUCCGAUAUGUCUUUGCUUGUCGCGUAUUAUCGAGUUAACCUUCUAUUGCAUAAUAUAUCCCAUUGGGAGCGCGAUAAAAAAUAUUUGCGUAAAGCUCGUUGAGAAGACUUCGCGAGCUCAGCCAUUUAUUACUUAGCUUAAGUAUCAAUUCCAUCGCGGAAGUAUAGAUAACCGAGAAAUUGUUUAUUUACAAGUCAGAGAUACUCGAAUAAAAUUUAUGCAAUAGAGAGUCAACGUUUCGACGGCCGUGUGUUUUCGGGCGACGCACGGCACCGCCCACUUCCGUCAGUUAAGAUCUAUAUUAUUCGUUGGUUCUUGAAAUAUCAUUGCUGGAUAAUGGAUCUUCCGGAACGUCUCGCCACGUGACCGCUAUCCAAAUCGGUUCGUCAUCGCCAAUUUUGUUCCCCACUCGGUAGCGCCACGCAUAUCUGAUAAUGAAUCAGCGCAUAAUUCUCGUUAUCUUUAGUGAGUUUUCUUAGAACAUGUUUUGGAAUUUUGUUUUUACAUGAUAUCGAGAACUGCUUUUGCACAAAAUUCGGCACAGAACUGUCGAGAGUCGGAACACAUUUCGAAGACUGAGAAAUUCUGCACAGUCUAGCCAGGAGGAUUAAUUUUACGGCGACGAAGAUAAAGGAAUGUUGUACCGAAUUACAAUUCAGCGCGUGGCUCGAAAUAAAUACGAGGAUGGAUUGCAUUCCUGCACAGAGAUGGGCAAAAUUCUUAUCUGUAUAGUGACUUCGAACAACGAAUAAAGUGUUCGCAAUUUUGUAUUCGUUAUUCGCUAGACGAAUACCAGUAUUUGAAUGAUAAAAUUGAAUUAUAUUUCACGCCGAAUGAUUCGAAUGAUUGAAUUAUUCGUCAUCUAUCAUUCGAAAAAAUAUUUUGCCCAUUUCUGUUUCUGGGAUUACACGUCGGCCAACAAUAGAGUUAAGGAACAACUCUACGAGAUUGUCAUAGAUUGUAUCAGAAACACUAUGACGCUUAUUUCUUGUGAAAUAAUACGAAUGCAACGUAUGAGCCGUUCUUUAUGAAACAGUUAUCAUCAUAAACAAUGAAAACAUGUAGCAGUCGAAAAACGAUCGAAAUAUCAACGUUAAAUUAAAGUAUCUACAUUAUUUAAAAUUCCUUUAAUCAUUUGUCUCGAGGAAAGUAAAAUAUAUUACAUAAAGACUAUGAAAGUAGAAAGAUGAUUGGGCUUGGAUUACUUUCAUAAUCAACAGCUCAUAUAACGAGUGAUGGUUAGGAUGAUUAUUAAUUCCAUAUUUGAGUCGAGUUAAGUGGACGCGCGCGUGUCUGUAUGUGUGUGUGCGUAUGUGUGUGUGUGUCGUGUGCAGGUAAAAUUAGAUAAUAUUAUAAGGGUAUUUUCGAGCGUUGUGUUUGAGAACAGCGUUGUUCUUACGUGCAUUUAUUGUAUUCCAUAGCCUUAGGAAAAUUUUAUCUCGAAGGAAAGAGAUUUUACACGACGAGGUUUAUAUUCGUUAACUCUUUCUGGGAUGCUUGAUCGUUUAUUGCUUAAAAUGGGAAGGGAAGAACGAUUCCUGGUCGAUUUGGAUGAAAUUAAUGCGAGGACCACUUUGCUUGAUGGCUGGAUAACGAUGUUCGGGACGUAACGUAGACAUACGUUGUCCUUUUCGAAUUUAGUUCACAUUCCAUGUAAAUGUCUUCCGUUGGAGUUACCGUAUUUUGCUAGCCACUACUAAUAGAACUUAGGAUAUUCAGGAUUGGGUUACGUCGAGGUAUUUCAGAUUUUCCGUAGCUUCGAACAACCAGAUGAUUAUUUAUUUGGGCUAUAGUAUCAUGCGGGAGUGCACGCAUGUAUAAUGGGGGACAACGAAAGAAUCGAUUUGGUAGCAUUCGUGAAUCUGUUUCUUGUUGAGAGUUCUACCUUUUAAAUGUAAACCUUGAGUAUUGAAUUCAUUGAUACUAAUAGGCGAUAGUACCGUAGUAUCCGCGCCUCCCAUACCCAACAACAAGGAGUCAAACGAAAACACGAAACGUAGGGUACGGGAUUAAAGUCGCGUAGUUAAAGCGGUUGACUGUGGAUCCGAGGAUCGUGGGUUCGAAUCCCCGUGCCUUAUUUUUCGUUUAGACUCCUACAUAUGGGGGCUCGUCCGGGAUGGGGGGUUACAGCGGCAGAGGACCGGCCAGUGACGAUGAGUGACGAUGAACAACAAUGCCACGCGAAGGACGGUGUCGUGUUGACGGUGGGGAGCGGGCAGCAGUGAGGCGUCGAGAGAGAAAGAGAGAGGGGAGCACACUCCAGGGAAGGGGCAACUUGAGGUGCGGUCGGAGUGGGACUUCGGCGAAAGAGGGUGCGGCGCGCACUAUUGUUGAGACGCAAAACCCGAGAUAACAGACAUUCGAGGGCGAAUGAAUGUCAAUUCAGGAAGGCCGAGUGUAGUGUCCGCGCCUCCCAUACCCAACAAUAAGGAGUCAAAUAAGAACACGAAACGUAGGGUAUGGGAUUGAUCGCGUAGGUAAAGCGGUCGACUGUGGAUCCGAGGAUCGUGGCUUCGAAUCCCCGUGCCUUAUUUUUCGUUUAGACUCCUACAGUACUAGUAUGCCUAUACUUUCGUUGACUCCAUUAUGAUUGUAUACGAAGAGUGACAAAUGUGUCACACAACAAAUGUUGUACACACAAUGUAUGUUUUGAGACUGACAAUUUAUCAUUGGCAGCUGAGAAGAAUGCCUGUGAGCGUUAUACUUUGUUCAAAUGAUUGUAUCCACCCUGCUAAAGAUAUAUCUCCGAUAGAAUCAUUUGAAACGAAUCACUGUUAUUAUAAGCAAAGAUGGUCAUAACACGUCCACUGUCCUUAUAACUAGAAAGAGGCGAGACUUUGGACAAGCCAUAAGCCUCCGAGUCAAUGUUAUCCUAACCCGCGCGUAGGUCAGAGAACAGCGAACGAGUUGAAGAGCUCCUGGAGUCGUUUCUUCCAAUGUUUAUUGCUUCUUCCAAUGAAUUUCCGUUUUCGAAGAAAGAGAAAGGGAACGAUUACCCAAGGGAGAUAGAACGAAAGAGAAUGAAAGUUGCAUCCUGUUCGCAACAGUGUUCGCGUAUUAUUAUUUUUGUAAAACGAAGUAGCGAUUGGUCGUUCACUAGGAUUGAAUCGUUCGUGUCUACGCGACCGUAGGAAUUCUGUUUCGUUCCACGGGACCCUGUGUACGAGGACGCGCAUGUUUAUUGGUGCUUCCGCGCGUUUCGAUGAAAUGUGUCCCAGCAUAUCGUAACGCGUAAAUAGUUCCGAGACAGAUGAUAUUUUUGUGCGAAGAUUUGCUUGAUGAGCAACGUCCGAAUUAUGUUGGGAUGUUAGAGUUUACUCGAUUUACAUGUUUCUCUUUUUCAUUCGCCCUGUAACGAUAUUUUGUUCCUUCAUUAAAAGGCGAGAUUCGCAAGAAACGUUUUUCGUAGAUGGGAUCUGAACAGAAAAGAAAUAUUUUUGUUUGUGUAAAUAUGUUCAAACGUUUAUUAAUUUUAUUGGAUUCGGCGAAACAUUUUCAAUUGACGUGCUUUGUUCAACGAUUUACACGGUGAAGACUAUGACACCAGAAUUUUUGUAUCUUAUAUGUAUAAUACAUAUAUAUUUUCAGUCGUGCUUUAUGCGAUAAAACUUUAAUACCAGAAUUUAUUUAAAUCAGUUUUUACCUUUUCUUUCCGUGUCCUCGUAGCGUGUAUAACGGUAGGCAGUAUACGCUCGUAUGUGCAUUAAAUGUAUGAUAUUUUUCUUGUACGUGUUUGACAUAAUGAAAUAUACGUUCGUUUUAAAGUGUGCGUGUGCAAGUCUGCGUAAACGAUGGCUGAAUUUUAUUGUAGUCAAUCGUAAUGUAUCGUGUCGGAAGUGAGACGAAAUUGCAACGUAGACUACCUUUACGCAGGGGCUCAAAGUAUUAUUCUUAUCGCGGCAUCGACAAACUAGCUUAGUCGAAUGAUCAUGGAUUAUCAAUAAAGUGCUUUUCAAUUGUC